AUGCCGUGCUGGGGAUUUGGCUGCUCCCAGGACUUUGGGAAUGCCGUGCUGGGAUUUGGCUGCUCCCGGCGCUCUGGGAAUGCCGUGCUGGGGAUUGGGGUGUCCCAGGGCUCUGGGAAUGCCGUGCCGGGGCUCAGCUGCUCCCGGGCCUUUGGGAAUGCCGUGCCAGGGAUUGGGGUGUCCCAGGAGUCUGGGAUUGCAGUGCUGGGAUUUGGCUGCUCCCGGGGCUCUGGGAAUGCCGUGCUGGGGAUUGGGGUGUCCCAGGAGUCUGGGAAUGCCGUGCCGGGGCUCGGCUGCUCCCGGGGCUCUGGGAAUGCCGUGCCGGGGCUCGGCUGCUCCCAGGGCUCUGGGAAUGCCGUGCUGGGGAUUGGGGUGUCCCAGGAGUCUGGGAAUGCCAUGCCGGGGCUCGGCUGCUCCCGGGCCUUUGGGAAUGCUGUGCUGGGGAUUGGGAUGUCCCAGGACUCUGGGAAUGCCAUGCUGGGGAUUGGGGUGUCCCCGGACUCUGGGAAUGCCGUGCCAGGGAUUGGGGUGUCCCAGGGCUCUGGGAAUGCCGUGCUGAGGAUUGGGGUGUCCCAGGAGUCUGGGAAUGCCGUGCCGGGGCUCGGCUGCUCCCAGGGCUCUGGGAAUGCCGUGUUGGGGAUUGGGAUGUCCUGGGACUCUGGGAAUGCCGUGCCAGGGAUUGGGGUGUCCCAGGAGUCUGGGAAUGCCGUGCUGGGGAUUGGGGUGUCCCAGGAGUCUGGGAAUGCCGUGCCAGGGAUUGGGGUGUCCCAGGAGUCUGGGAAUGCCGUGCCGGGGCUCGGCUGCUCCCAGGGCUCUGGGAAUGCCGUGCUGGGAUUUGGCUGCUCCCGAGGCUCUGGGAAUGCUGUGCUGGGAUUUGGCUGCUCCCGGGACUUUGGGAAUGCCGUGCUGGGGAUUGGGCGUUCCCGGCAGGAAGCGGUGCAGCUGGCGCGGCAGAAGGAGCAGGAGCUGUCGGCGCGGGGCGAGCGCUGCAACGCCUCGGUGCUGGAGCUGUGGGAGCGCUGCAAGCCCUGCCUGCGGCAGCGCUGCCUCCGCUUCUACUCCCGCACCUGCCACAGCGGCGCCGGGCUGGUGGGCCGCCAGCUGGAGGAGUUCCUGAACCGCUCGUCGCCCGUGUCCAUCUGGGUGGACGGCGAGCGCCUGGACUCGCUGGCGGAGCGCGACGAGCGCCAGGAGCGGCAGCUGCAGGACCUGGAGGAGCGCUUCGGCCUCCUGGAGGACGGCGUCGAGGACAUCUUCCGCGACAGCUCCCGCGUGCAGGGCCGCCUCCAGCCCUUCUUCCAGGCGCCCUUCGGCGGCUUCCGCGAGGCGCUGGGGCCGCCGGCGCAGCGCCUGCGCUUCCCGCGGCGCUUCCGACGCUUCUCCGGCGCCUUCUUCCCGCUCUUCCAGCGGCCGCACGGCGGCUUCCAGCAGCUCUUCCAGCCGCUCUUCCAGAUCACCCAGCGCGUGCUGGAGGACGCCCAGGGCGGCUGGGAGAUCCCCUCGGCGGAAUUCGGGACAGAAUCCCGGAAUUUCAGCAAUGACCGGAUGGUGUGCCGGGAGAUCCGGCGGAACUCGGCCGGCUGCCUGCGGAUGCGGGAUGAGUGCGAGCAGUGCCGGGAGAUCCUGGCCCUGGACUGCGGGCAGGAGGAUCCCUCGCAGCAGGAGCUGCGGGAGCAGCUGGAGGACGCCGUGCGCGUGGCCGAGCGCUUCACGCGCCGCUACGAUUCCCUGCUCCGGGAAUUCCAGGAGGAGAUGCUCAACACCUCCGGCCUGCUGGACCAGCUGAACCGCCAGUUCGGCUGGGUGUCCCGCCUGGCCAACCAUUCCCUGGCCUCCGACGGCUUCCUGCAGGUCACCACGGUGAUGUCCAAGGCUCCGAAUCCCGAGGAUCCGUCGGCGCCGUCGGACACGCAGGUGACGGUGCAGCUCUUCGACACGGAGCCGCUGGAGCUGACGGUGCCCGGGCACAUCCCGUGGGACGAUCCCCGCUUCAUGGAGACCGUGGCCGAGCAGGCGCUGCGGCACUUCAAGGAAAACGCCGUAGAGUAGCCGGGCGAUGCUGCCGCCGCUGCCGCCCCUCCGGAUCCCCCUUCCCGGGGGGAAUUGUCACCCUCGCUGCCAGCUCUCCCCUCCUGACCCUUCCUGCUGCCAGACAGAAAAUAAAGGUAGAGUUGAAAGCCUUG